AUGGAAAUGGCUCAACAAAUCCAAGAUAAGGCAACAAUUGUUCGAGGAGCCCCGGUGGUGGAGCCAAGCAACAAAUUCUUUUGGUUCAAUAGCCCCCGAUUGGUCCUUUUCUUGAUCCAUUUUACUUUGUUUCAAAAUGCAUUUCAAAUGGCGUUUUUCUUAUGGACUGUGUACGAAUUUGGAAUACACUCAUGUUACCAUGAGAGCAUAGUACAAAUUGGUGUUAGAGUCGGAUUGGGGGUGCUUCUUCAUAUCAUGUGUAGCUAUAUCACUUUCCCUCUUUACGCCUUAGUCACACAAAUGGGAUCGCACAUGAAAAGGUCGAUAUUUGAAGAACAAACAUCCAAAGCUCUAAAGAAAUGGCAGAAGGCCGCAAAGGACAAGAAGAAGUUGCGAGAGCUUGGUGGCAGAUCAGUGGAUGUUUCAAAUUCUGGCUUGGAAAAUACACCAAGUCGUGAAUCAUCGCCUGUUCAUCUCCUCCAUAACCAAAAAUAUCGAUCAUCCACAGCUGAGAGUGAAAUUGACAUUCCAUCAUCUCCAAGAACUUAUACUUCAGAGGCAGAUGUCUCUGAUGCAGAAGGUUCAUAUCAUGCUAAUGAUCAUAACAAGAAUCUACAACGAGAUUUCACAUUUUCCAUGUCUUAG